AUGGUUACCAGGACGAGUAGGCACCUUGUGAAUGAUCCACGCAAGAGGCGGGUCAAGUCGUAUCACAGCACCUGCUGGUUCAAAUUCGAUUCACGUUUCUUGAAGCCAAUUCUGACGCACAGUGGUCCUCUCCUGUCGGAAACUCUGCCUCAGUGCUGUCUGCCAAUUGCUGACUGGUUGACCACUGUGGAUCAGCGGGAAGCUGCCUUGUCCAACUAUUACAGGGAGUCUGUUGACGGUGAUUUUGCAAUUGGCGAUGCUGCCUCCGACGGGUCUAUAAGGCAUGUCUCAACCACGAAGCUGUCGCCCGCCUCUCUCAAGGAGCAGAUCGAAGCACGCCAAAGCCUGGAGAAGAUAUUGAAGGGAGGGAAAUUGCGUGUGGCCUACAGUUCUUUAGCCUCGAACUGUUCACCCUUGUCUGAGAACCUGCUGAAUGAAGUGCAACCCCCUGUGCACAUCAAUGGUUCUGCGGACUCCGCACUUGUCCGCGUGGAAUUUGGAGAGCAGCGACCACAACAAUCAGACGGUGUUCCUUCAAUUUUGCCCUCUUCAUCAAAAGUUCAAGAUGUUUUUAAGCUGUGA